AUCACUGUCUCCAAAAUAAGUUCUCACUGUUAUAUAAAAAAUAAUCUCAUCAAUCAACGACUGUAUGUCUUGCUGUCUGGCAAUACUUGCAUUGUAUUGCCUUAUUCUGCCUAUUGUAUUGUGCUUUGACAUUCCACAUUGCUUUGCAGUAUGUGGAUAGUGAUGCCACUAUUGGCAGGGCAGAGAUUCUUGAGGGACAUCAACUGCCCUUUGCACGGUGACAUGAGGAAUGUUCUCUACGUACCAUUUAUAUUUAGGUACAGGAACUCUAUACUUUGGAGCUAAUAUUCUAGGAGAUGCAGGAACUCCAGCAGAAGAACAUUUGAGGUGCUGGUACUCAGUUCCAGUGAGCUCCUGCCCAAGUCAAGCACUGGCUUUACCCAUGUGUAUUGAUCUCUGUUGUCUUCCCAUUCCAGCAGUUUAUCAUCACUUUGGCACUUUUUCCUGCUGUUUAAUGCCUGGUCAUAAAAAUGUUACAAAGCAUUACCAGCAACUGCCUUGCUUUCUCAUAACCCUUCAUAUUGAUGUAGUUGUUAUCCAAUCUAGAGCCAGGAUAUUAGUUGUUGUAGUUUGUCAACCUAUCCGCUAGAAGUCCCUUUAUGUGCAAGGUAAACGAGCCAGUAUGGCGGAGGGGGAAAGUGAUUUGGAAACAGACAGGCUAGAAUUGGAACUGGAGACUUUAUACAUAUACUCUAACGACAACUGUUCAGUACAAAGCAAAGAAUAUUGCUCCGAGUUUUGCAAGUUGGUAGAGGUGCACACAGGGAGAUGGCAGGUGCCGCUGCCCCAGCUGAAGGUGCUGCGGACGGCUCUGACCUGCUUCACCAGAGCCACUGUUGCCUACCCCGAUGACUGUCAGCACGUCAAUUAUGCUCUCAGCAGCUUGGCUUUGAGCUUCUUUGAGCUGAUGUUGUUCUUCGGGAAAGAGGAGUUACUAGAGGCCCCCCUGAGGGACAUAUUAGCCUCUUUUCAGGCCUGUCAUCGCCGCCUGCUGAGACACAGGAACGUGUACCUGCUGCAGGUGAGGCAGAUCAUCAAAGAUGGCGGUCCCUGGGAGAGACCCGCUCUGCAAUCCAUCCUGAAAGACACAGCCCUCACACAGACAGAAGUGGAGAAGUAUUUGAGCUCAGAGAAGCCAAUGUUCUUUGAGCUGCGUGUGCGGUACCUGCAGGCCUGUGAGCGCGUGCAGGAGGCCAUGGCCCUGGCUAAGUGCUGCCUGGAGCACCCAGAGGUGUGGAGGCACCUGUUCUUCCACCAGGCCUACCUCACAUGCCUGUACAAGGCUUCACUACAUCAACACCUGCACGAGGAGAUGGCUGCGAUAGAUGGCAGAGACGCAGUGGAGAUAAUCUGUAAUGCAGAGAGCCAGGAGAAAGAUGAGCUGCUGCUGUCUCUGUGCAAAGCCUUCCUCAGCCAACGGCUACACAACGGAGACAUGUACUACAUCUGGGAUCUGGUGUUCUUGUGGAGCAGACUGCACCUCAGGGCCCAUCCCUCUAAGCAGGGCUUCCUGUCUGAGUGUCGCCAGCUGAUGCUCUCCGCCAUCAACGCCAGCGCCAUCUUCCCCUUCAUCAAAGUCAUCACAGCAGAGAUGGGUAGUGAGGGAGUGCCAUUGUGUGUGGAGCUUUGUGCUACAGCGUUACAGACAGACCUCCAGUCUGACCCUGUAACACGCUGUCUACUGUGUAAGACCAUCGCCUUCCUGCUCCCCAGGGACCUGGAGGUAUGUCGCCUCUGUGCCCUGCUGGUGUUCUGUCUGGAACGUAGCAUGGAGGCCUACAAGACCAUGUAUCUGCUCUACACAUACCCCGAUGAGGAGCCACACCCCCAGCACACCCAUGUCAGAACCAACAUCCGCUUCUAUAUCCUACAGGUGCUGAAGGAAGGUCUGUUCUUUGACCCAGAGUUCUGGAAUCUGCUGACCCUGAGAACCCACUGUCUGGAGCUGAUGACUGACAAGGCCAUGAGGGAUGCUCUAAAUGAGCUGAAGGAGGAAGAGGAGUUGGAGCAGGUAGAGGAGGAGUGGAUACCAAGCUACUGGAUGGAGGAGGAGACAUGCAGAAUACACACAGAUGCCUCCCACCUCCACCCACACACUAACACAGCACUGGAGAGCUCUGACACUGUAGGUCAGGAACCUGAAGAGGUAUUGAAUGGGGAUGCUCCUGAGUCACAGACAGAGGACUUCCCUGUGAGGAGGAGGAGGAGGAGAAAGAGGAGGUGGAGGAGAAGAAAGUGUAGGUCAGAUAUUGAGUAUGCUGACGACCCAGACAUUAAGUACUCCCUCAUUCACAAUCUCAGUUCUGAAAGCUCCACCAAGCUACCGGCCAAUCGGCAGAGAGAAUACCUGGCCAGACAUGUGAAGAACAAGAUCCUGAAGAGACGCAGCAGGAAACCAAGAUGGCUGCUCCUGGAGAUGACCAGACAGACGGAGAACAUAUCCCCAGGGGGAAUGAGGGAGAAGCGACGGGAGGGAAUGAGAGGAGAGGAUAAGAGACAGAGAGGGGAGGGGAAAGAGAGGGGACAUGAAAAGGAAAAUAAGAGAGAGAUGAGGCAGGGAAGGGAGAGUAAGAGACCUUACCGUCGGACUAUAUCUGGCAUGGAGCUGUCCUUCCCUGAAAAUGAAGUGCCUGUUGACCGGGAAGUGGUAGAGAGUCAUCUAGAACCCAGUGUUCGUAUUAAACAACAGCACAGUGAGUCUGAGAAAUAUGUUAACAUGGGACUGGCUAAUGGUGUAUAUGGUGUGAGACCGUUUAAGUAUAAACCAGAGUCAGACGUGGAGACUUCGGCGGUGGAGACGUCGGCGGUGGAGACUUUAAAAGUGGAACCUUUAGAAGUGGAGCCUUCAGAGGUAGACCCUUCAGAUGCAAAGCCUUUAGACUUCAAAUGUUCAGUAGUAGAGCCUUCUGACAUAGAGCCUUUAGAAGUAGAGCCUUCAGAUGUGAAGGUUUUAGAAGGUCCCAGUGAGCAGACUGACCCAGAGUUGGAUGGUCCAGCCUUGGAGAUGGAGGAGUGUCCACUGAAACUGUUCCACAUCUAUGCCAAACUUUCCAAAGGGACAGCUGCUAAGGAACUACUUUCUAGAGAAAGUGAAUUCACAGUGACAGAGGCGGGACCAGACUCAAACACUCAGGGUGAACAGACCAAGCCAGGCAAGGCUCCAGUACGCUCCAAACACCUGCGCUUCCACUGCAGCCACUGCCAUAAACUCUUCAAGGGAGGCAACGUGGUGAGACACACCCUGGCCCACCUGAAGCUGAGAAAGACCAGGCUCAGCUGUGUCUUUUGCGGCAAACACUUCCAAAGGUACAACCGCGCCAGGGAACACGUUCUAGAGCACAUAGAGGAACUGAGAACUUCCACAGCCAACAUUAAGGUCAAACCCACUGUCAAUGGGGAGACAUAUCCCUCAAAGAAUAUUAAUCAAGCUUCAGAGAACGAAGCGAAACCUGUUGAGAACGUGACUGAGCCCUCGACUUCGACGGACCAGCCUCCUAAACCCAAACGUGUUAAAGCCAAGCCGGUGGUGAGCAAGCAGAGUAGAAUCAUCCAGAACCUGAGAAACCUGAUCAAAAAGACCCAGAACCAGAAGUGUAAAAUGGACAUGGACAACCUGAAGUCUGUGGAAGUGACUGAUGAACAGGUGACUGUGAAAGACAAAGUGGUGAUCGUGAGAGAGGUGGUGCCUGUGAAGGAGACAGAGGGAGGAGAGGACAAGGAGAGCGAGGGAGGAGAGGAGGAGGGGAAGCAGAAGCAGUACCACCUGUGUCCUUCAGAGGGCUGUGACAGCAUCUUUAUGAAGAUCGGCCCAUCGCUGCUGAGACACGCUGUCACCUACCACAUGGAGGACGCAGCCGUCCUGGACAAGACCUUCCAGUGGGGGAAGGGGAAGUGCCAGAUCUGCCAGAGGCUCUUGUUGGUGAUUGAGCACUACAGAGACCACAUGAAGCUCCACGAUGCUCCUCUAAAACAUGCGUGUCUCCACACGAACUGUGACCAACGCUUCAAGACUGCCCAGGAGCUCAAAGACCACAUAGACACCCACCGCCCUCUCCAGGCCCCCUGUGGGUACUCCGGCUGUAGGGAGAUCUUCUUUACCCUCCCCUCUCUCCACGACCACGAGUGGAGGCACUAUACCCAGCCCCAGUCUAAAGACGAGUUGGAGCAGGGCGCUACCACAGAGCUGAGCCCUGAGGGCGAGGCCCCCUGGAAACAGAGGGCGAAGAGCCAGGAUGUGACAGUGCACGGGUGGAGGGGGCAGAGGGAAACGCCUACUCCCAAAAGCAGGCGCUCUGAUCCUCAUGAGAAGUGCCUUCACUGUAACAGGUACCUGUGGAACCACCAGCACUUCCUAGAACACAUGAAGAUCCAUGAUGCUCCUCUGAAACAGGUGUGUCUCCACCUGAACUGUGGCCAGCGCUUCUACAGAACCCACUUACUCUGGGAGCACAUGGAUACGCACCUGCCUCUCCAGGCCCCCUGUGGGUACUCCGGCUGUGGGCUGAUCUUCUCCCGUCUCCCUUCUCUCCACGACCAUGAGUGGAGGCAUUACAUCCAGGGCCAGCCUAAUGACGAGCUGACAGAGGAGCAGAGCGCAUCCAAAGAGGAGGGGCAGACUCCGGAGUCAGACACCAACGGUAACGACUAUGACGGCCCAAUGGAGACUCCAGGCAGUGUUCAUGGUGCUGUCACCACACCUAAUCAUUGCACACUGAAACUCAUCAACGGCCAUGAUGAAAAGGAUAAGAAAGACAAAGGCCCCGAGACAGCCGUCCCUGCCACCACUACCACCUCUCCCACACCCCCAUCCCAAACCACCACAUCCACACACCCCCAUCCCAAAAUCAUCCAAAACAUCACUGAGCCAAUGACCAUGAGGGACGUGGACAAUAUCGUCAGUUUGGCUCAGGUGGUGCCUGGUGGAGAGGAACCGGUUAUCGCGGAACACAAGACCUUCAAACAAGAGGAUCCUUCCUACCUACCACUGGCCAAAGCUCCCCUCAUCCGCCCACCCCCCUCUACAUACCUGACCGAGGCAGCCCUCAGCAUGCGCAAGCGCAGGAAGCCCAGCGAGGUCACUUCCUGCGGGCCUGGCAAAAAGAGCAAGGCUGCGGUAAAGAGGAGUGUGGUGGGGAAGAAGGAGGUGGUGGCUGAGAAGGAGGCCCCUCAAAGACAGCGCUGCUCCAAGUGUUUCUCCUCCUUCACUAGCACCGAGGAACUGGAGAAACACCUCUCCCAAAAUACCUGCUCCUCCCUCUUCAGCUUCGACUCCGAUGACGACAGUGAGUAGCGUACGUGGGAGUUUCUGUUCACUGAAUUUGUCAAACGGGGAGCUAGGGCUGUGACCAUUAUUACAUUUGGGGUAACGAUUGUCAUGCAAAUAUCCACUUAUCAUAAUUGUAAUUUGUUGAAACAUGUUUUGAGCUUGUAAUGUAUCAUAAUGCAUGUUUGAAAAUGAGCUACGGGACACCUAAUGAAUAGAGCACAGCUUUAUAUCAAAAGGGAGAGAAUGUUUUGAAACAUGAACUUGGUCAACAGUUUUUCUAUCGUAUACAAAAAGCAUUUGCAUAGUAAUGUGACAACUCUGUUUUGUAAAGCAAAUAUACAUUUUGUUCUAUUCCUUCCCAGGUUAGUGAAAUGCUCUUCAUGUUCAAGCACUACAGAGACCAUAUGAAGCACCACAAUGCUCCUAUCAGACAGGUGUCUCCACUUCUGUGUUAUAUCUGUACUCUCUGAACUGGGCCUAAUACAGGCACUACUAGCAGACAGUCGGCUCUGAGAGCUGUAGGGCCAGACUCUUGUGGCCUGAAGUUUGCCGGGCACUAAAAAUCCAACACACACAACCCUCUGGAAUCAGUGUUACUGCUACACUUCCCUGUACAUGUGGACCGAACAGUACUGCCUUUGUCAUUACACUUCUUUGUUAAAUUCUUAUUUGCUUUAAAAUCAAUAUGAAGAAUCACACAGUAGGUAUGGUGCUUCAAAAGUCAUUCUAAUUGUAUUGUUAGGCAUAAGUUUUAGUUGGCACAUAAAAUACUGAACUAAAAUAUAGAUUUUAACUGAUUUUGUUCUGACAAAUUAAACUGUUUCACAAUGUAUUAGAAAUUGAUCUAUGCAUUUAAUUUAAAUAUUUUGUAAAAGUGAUUCCAAAAUUCAUUUGAGAAUAAAAAUCACUGUUGAAGAGCCCAUAAUGGGAUGAAUAUGGUGAUGUGCACUUA